GCUCCAUGUGGGCGCCGGCGCGGAGAGUGUGCAGCGCGGAGUCGCAAUGGCGGAGAUGCAGCAGCUGCGGGUACAGGAGGCAGUGGACUCCAUGGUGAAGAGUCUGGAGAGAGAGAAUAUCAGGAAGAUGCAGGUAGCGGGCGGGGGUCAGGCCGGGGAGUCCCGGCAGUCCUCGAUUCCUUUGGCAGCCGCGGCGCGCCGCUGCCCGCCUCUCCGCAGACCCGAGUCGGGGCGUCCCUGGGGUUGCCGCCGCGCUCUCGGAAGCACCUCUCACCCUCAGAAGUCCUGGAGCUUCCGCCGAGUGGAUGAAAUCUGUGUUCCCUCCCCACGCGCAAAGCUGUUUUCCCCCCAGGCCAGUUCCGGGGAGGGGGUGUUAGACCCCGGACCAGUGUUAGAAAGCCCUUGGUGUGAGGCAUUCGGUGCUUUCCCGCCUCACCUCUCUCUCUCUCUCUCUCUCUCUGCCCUCCGUCCCCAGGGCCUCAUGUUCCGGUGCAGUGCCAGCUGUUGUGAGGACAGCCAGGCGUCCAUGCAGCAGGUGCACCAGUGCAUUGAACGCUGCCAUGCGCCUCUGGCUCAAGCCCAGGCCCUGGUGACCAGUGAGCUGGAGAAGUUCCAGGACCGCCUUGCCCGAUGCACCAUGCAUUGCAAUGACAAAGCCAAAGAUUCAAUAGAUGCAGGAAGUAAAGAGCUUCAGGUGAAGCGGCAGCUGGAGAGUUGUGUGACCAAGUGUGUGGAUGACCACAUGCACCUCAUCCCGACCAUGACCAAGAAGAUGAAGGAGUCUCUCUUGUCCAUUGGGAAAUAGAGGUCUUCACAAUUGGCCAUCAGAGCUCACGGCAGGAAUCCAUUUGAGAAGAAAUGGGAGUUUGGGUCUUUUAAAUGAAGUUUAUGAAGAAAUUAACAAUGGCAGCAAGUUUGAGGCCCAUGUCACUUGCCUCUGGACACUGGUUCCUUUAUGUUUCGAACCUAAAAAAGUGAAAUGGAAAAAACUGGUGCUAAAAUUUGAAAAAACUGGUCAGAGAUGGCACAGGAGAGUUUUUGAUAGCCUAAAUUUCACAUGCUUGUCCUAGCACUAGGGAUCUCCCUUGAACCAAGCCAGAGCCGACCUCCAAGAUACCAGAUUCUUCUCGGUACACAGGUAACAACAGGCUGGCAGGUUCCUAAUCUGCCUAUGAUCUGGUGGUGUGAGCAAAGAUGUUUCUGUUUGUUGCCAACUUCCUAUUUACAAGAAGGAUCACCAAAUCAUUUUUCUAUAAGCUGUAAAACAAAAUCCACAAUGUCACUAAUUUAGAAGGGAGAAAAGGUUUCUGGGUCUUUGUUUUGCUUGGUUUUAUUUUAUAUAUAAGGGCAUGAAGUUGAUUUAAGGUGUGGAGUUGGGAGGGGUAGUUCAGUUAAGAACUUGGAACAGUUCUUGUGGAUAUCUGUUUCUGGCCAUCAAGAUAUGGAUAUGCUUUUCUUGAAAUAUCCAUUACAUCUUCCAGCUAGGUAGGAGACCCUGUAAAAAGAUGACAGGCGAUGUUACACUGGGUAUGGGAAGCAGAUCUUCCCUCUCACUGGCUGCUGUGAUGGGCCCUGAGGCUGUCUGCUAGAGUACAACAGGACAAUCUCGCAGUGACACUCUUCCUCGAAAGGGGGUUUUGAUUGCACUAUAUACAAGUAUCCAGGAAUGUACACUGAAGGAGGAACUGUUGUCUUCUUAAUUUCAAGUUAUUAGAUGCUGGAUUUGGAAAAACCUGGUUUUUAUAGAACAGAAUGGAAUGAAAGCCUAAACUCAGUAUUGCUUAUUUUGCCCCCUCAAAUAAUAUGGCCCUAUUGGGACAAUCCCUUGGUAACCAGAAGGUCAAAGGAGAACAAGUAGGUGAUUUGGGUGAGCUGUGAUUCCUUUAAAGGAAAAGAGGGAAAGCCCCCCUCUGUUACCAAACACCACUUUUGCCUGGGGCCUUUGCAGCAAGCAGUGUUCUGCCCCAGCUCUAGCACCUUUUCAUUUUGAUAAGGACCUUAUUGUCUUUUUACCAACUUACUACUUGAAAUGAUAAUAUAGCCUGUGUUUGGUGUUUCAAGGCUGUGAUAUAUUUUCCUAGUGGUUCAGUUUUAAAAAAUAAAUAAGGUUUAGUUUUU